GUUAGGCCAUAACAAAAAUGGAGUUUCCCGAUUUGGGGAAGAGGUGCUCUGUAGCAACUUGCCAGCAGCUUGACUUUCUUCCAUUUUUGUGUUCUGCUUGCCGGAAAGUUUACUGUGUAAGCUGACCAUCCCGGGAGAGGGAUGCGAUCCCAUGCACACACCUUGGCAAUGGCCUUGUUUACUCAAGAAGUACAGUUUAUUCUGGCUUUGCUUUAUUCUGGCAAAGAUCAUAAAGAAUGGGAUAGUCAUAACUGCCAACCAGCAGCAGCUCAGAAGGAUGAUGAACAGCCCUUGCAAUCAAAGGUUUAUGAAUGCUAUUUACAAGACUGUUCAGUUAAAGAGCUUGUACCAGUACAAUGUCCAGAAUGCCAUAAAAAUUUCUGCAUGAGACAUAGACACCAGCAAGAUCAUUGCUGUGAAAAAAUAGAAGAUAAAUCUGAAAUUGAAAUCAGUCCAAAAGCAAAAGUGGAAUCUAUAAUAGGAAGGGAACUGAAAGUAACCAUCAAAGAGCCAAAAUCAAGAAAAAGCUCAAAAACUGCUGCGAAGGUGGUGCUUAUGAAACUGAAACUUCAUGCUGUUGGAGACAAAAGAAUACCACAAGAUGAAAAGGAAUACUUUAAUGUCAUUUUUGUAAACCUCGAUGGAAAUAACAAGCAAGAAGCAAAUCCUAUGUUUUUUAGCAAGCGAUGGACUGUUGGUAGAACGAUAGACUAUAUAGCAAGCUCGAAGGGGAUAUCAAACAAAAACAACAUUGCAGGAGAAAAGAAACUGCAAUUACUCAACAACGAAGACGUGGCUAUUGACCCUAGCGAACGCCUGGAGGAUUUGAUUAGGACAAAUGUAAUCGAUCUAGAUGUCAGAACGUUAAAAUUGUCGUAUUCAGUAUAAUGUUUAAGAGCUUCCUGGUAAGUUUACGUCAUGCUCAUAAGAGAAGGGCAUAGAAAGAAUAGCAUAGAAAGAAGGACAGCCUGACUAUAGUACCAAGUUGUUUUUUUCAAUUGUUAUCAAAAGAAUAGAAUAGGAUUUUUUGAAAAUAUAUAGACAAUUAUUAUUUGCAAGAAUUGCACAGUAAGCGAAAUUAUGGCUUUUUUUCAGCUCUAGUGUUAAUGAUAUCGAUUUGAAGUAACAAAAUUUUAUUUGUAAAUAGAACAAUAGCUUUCGGUACACAUUGC